CCCCUCCAGAGCUGCCGCCGCCAUUGAAACAUACAAUACAAGAGAAAGCCAGCGGCAGGCGAGCGCAGCCUAGAGGAGUCAGCGGCAGCAGGAGCCUCCCGAGGCGGGGACGGCGGCGGCGACCUCCGGGCAGCUUUUGUGUAGGUGCAAGUAAAUAAAAACUUUCUGUCAGCAAAUUGAAAGGAAUAUAGCAGCAAGAUGUCUGCCCGAAGUGGGAAAAAGAAAAUGUCCAAAAUGUCACGCUCAAGCAGGGCAGGCGUUAUUUUCCCUGUGGGGAGGAUGAUGCGCUACUUGAGGAAAGGAACAUACAAGUACCGGAUAGGUGUUGGAGCGCCAGUCUACAUGGCAGCUGUCAUAGAAUACCUAGCAGCUGAAAUACUAGAGCUAGCGGGGAAUGCAGCAAGAGACAACAAAAAGGGAAGAAUUGCCCCCAGACACAUCCUCCUGGCAGUUGCCAAUGAUGAGGAACUGAAUCAGUUGCUAAAAGGAGUGACCAUUGCAAGUGGAGGGGUCCUGCCCAGAAUUCAACCAGAGCUUCUUGCCAAAAAACGAGGUGCUAAAGGCAAAUCUGAAACUAUCCUUUCCCCAUCUCCCGAAAAGAGAGGGAGGAAAUCCUUGGUGAGCAAGAAGAGUGGAAAGAAAGCAAAGGCUACCAAAGCCCGUGCACCCAAAAAGAGCAAGCAGAAGGAGAAUGAAAAAGAAGGGGCCUCAAAUUCAACAUCUGAGGAUGGACCUGGGGAUGGAUUCACCAUCCUGUCUUCUAAGAGCCUCGUUCCAGGACAGAAGCUUUCUCUGACACAAAGUGAUGUCAGCCAUAUUGGCUCCAUGAAAGUAGAAGGCAUUGUUCACCCAACAACUGCUGAAAUAGACCUUAAGGAGGAAAUAGGCAAGGCCUUGGAAAAGGCUGGAGGGAAAGAAUUUUUAGAAACAGUAAAGGAGCUCCGCAAAUCACAAGGACCUUUGGAAGUUGCUGAAGCUGCCCUCAGCCAGUCCAGUGGAUUAGCAGCAAAGUUUGUGAUCCAUUGUCACAUCCCACAGUGGGGUUCAGACAAAUGUGAAGAGCAACUUGAGGAGACUAUUAAGAACUGCUUAACAGCUGCAGAAGACAAGAAAUUGAAAUCUGUGGCUUUCCCACCUCUCCCCAGUGGCAGAAACUGCUUCCCAAAACAGACCGCAGCCCAGGUGACUCUCAAAGCCAUUUCCACCCAUUUUGAUGACACUAGUUCUUCCUCCCUGAAGAACAUUUACUUUCUGCUCUUUGACAGUGAGAGCAUCGGAAUCUACGUGCAAGAAAUGGCAAAGCUAGACACCAAGUAGCUAUGGCAGCCAAAUGAAGCUUUAUUUUUCAACAUAAAUUUGAGUAGCAUUAAAGAAUUAGAGGUGGGUUUUAUUUUUAAAAUGUGGUGAAGAGGGGGAAUGUUAGUAGUUUGAUGUUUUGUGACUUAAUGGAGAACUUUGCUAUGGAGGAGAGGGUUUAGUCUGUGAUUAAUUCUUGCUAUAGAUACCCCCUACCAUUUUAUAUCACCUUAAAGAAAUCUUGAGUAGUUAAUUUGCCAGCUCUCUUCAAAAGUUUGUUUAAAUGUGUCUUGCUUUUUUAGUUUAGGACUCAUUUUAGAUUUGUAGCUUUGAAUUUUACACACACACACAAUUCUUUGUUCCCCUUUCUUUUUUCGACGGUGGAUGGCAAAAUGUUAAUUUUUUUUGUCUACAUUCCAUGUUGAAGAGAGAAUUUUAAAGAUGUACUAGGACCUUCUAUUUUGUUUUACCCCAUAAUAAUCUCUGUAAUUACUGAGAAUAUUUCAUCUUGUUUUUUUGUUUUAUAAGAAAAAAGAAAAGAAAAUGUGUCAAGUGUAUUUAUUAUAAACCGUACCCUAACUGCAGACACUUUUGCCUUAAAAUGAAAGUCAACAAUACCUCGUGUGGAAAUAUUUGACAUGUGAAUACUUAGUGUACAGACAGUACCAAAUAUGUGGCCACAAAAUACUGCCAUAUAAAAGACACUGAAUUAGA